CGCUGAGCUCGACGUGUUUAUUUCGUCGAGAUGAAAACAAGAGAAACAUUAACAUGGAGGCAGAUUUCUGUUCAUUAACAGACACAGAGGAGCUGCAGAGCUUCAUAACACACAGCGAGAGGACCAAGACUCUGUUUGAGGAGAUCCGCGCCUCCAUCAGCAGUAAUGUGGAGGGCGAGCGCUCCUUCUGGCGGCCCGUGCUGCCCUGGGGCGGUGUGUUCAGCAUCCGGGCGGGACGCAGAGCCAUCGCCAGCACACCGCUGUAUGUGGAGAUCAGCCUGAAGAACACCUGCACCAUCGACGGCUUCCUCAUGCUGCUGUACGUCAUCCUGCGGGACAACCACAGCUUCGCCAGAGAGGUGGCGCUGUUCCUGGGCAAACGCUUCGUGCAGCACUUCCUGUACCUGAUGGACUCGUGCGACUACACCACGGUGAAGAUGCUGUGGAUAUGGGACCGCAUGUCCAAGCGGCAGUACCGCUCCGAGAUCCACCACACGGCGCUGGAGAUCGACCUGUUCGGGAACGAGCACGAGAACUUCACCAAGAACCUGGAGAACCUGAUGUCCACCGUGCAGGAAAGCUGGUGCUCCAACUGGAGCUGCCCGUCCCGCUUCCAGGAGCACCUGUUAAAAACCAUCUGCAUCAGGCCUCCUCAUGAGUUUCCAGAUAAAGGCCUGAUCCAGCGGGCUCUGGACGAGUUCUUCUGCCCGCGGCUACAGCUCUGCCAGGAGCUCCAAUGUGAGGGUCUGCGUGAGUUCAGCACGAGGCUCUUCUGUCACGGUCCUCCACCGUUCGUGAUCCUCAACAUGCAGAUGUGGAGCUCAGAGGAGCUGGAGCUGUCCUACCUGCCCUAUCACCUGGAGCUCUCCCAGCAGAGGUACUCUCUGGAAGGCGCUACACUCUUCAGCAGGGACGAUCAUCAUUACUCUGCAGUGUUUCAGAUGGACGGCUGCUGGCUGCAUUAUGACGGUCUGCGCACGGAUAAUCUGGUGCUGCUGCGUGAACCGCCGGCGCUGCUGCUGCUCUCCUCACUCGUCUACACCAGAAACACACACAAAUAACACACACUUCACACACUCUUUUAGACUUUUACAACACUGUUUUCUGCUUGGAAUCCAAGAAUCUGUGCGUGGACUAUAAUAGUUCUGAGUGAAUAUCAGGAUCAGUGUGUGUGUGUGUGUGUGUGUGUGUGUGUGUGUGAACAGGCAGAAGUGCUUUCAUGAAAUCAGCACACAUCCAUCACUCGUCUUAAAGAGACAGAUCACCCACAAAUCAACAUUUACUCAUACUCUGAAAGAUAUCAGUACCACUUAAAGGAGUGUUCAUAAGACUGUCAUGAAACCUUUAUAAUCAGGAUAUGGCACGUCAUGAAUAGGAAUGGGAUUUUGUGCAUGCUUAUGACAACUGUUAUUAAGUGUCGUACCUUCAGUUAUGCCAUUUUAAAUGCAAAGAUGACGUUGGUUGUUAUGACGACAUAAACAAAUACAUCACAACCUGUUUUUGUCAUUGUCAUGACAACGUGACGUUACCAAGACAACAAAACAUUGUCAUAGAUCUGUCAUAAACAUGAUUGUCAUGAAGCCAUUAUAAAUAUGUCAUGAAUUUUAUAACGGCAUCGUUAAUAUUAGUUUUGUUCUCAACUACAGUGGUUCAAGCUGAAUUAGUCAUUGAAUAUUAACAACAUCAUUAUAAAUGAUCUGACAGAGUAACUACACCUUUAAGACAGAUUUAUGAGGAGUUUUGCUGUCCUGGUAAUGUCAAGUUGUCAUGACAACAACAAAAACCGGUUGUCAUGUAUGCAUUUAUGUCAAGUUGUCAUGACAACAACAAAAACCGGUUGUGAUGUAUGUGUUUAUGUCAAGUUGUCAUGACAACAACAAAAACCGGUUGUGAUGUAUGCGUUUAUGCCAAGUUGUCAUGACAACAACAAAAACCGGUUGUCAUGUAUGCAUUUAUGUCAAGUUGUCAUGACAACAACAAAAACCGGUUGUGAUGUAUGCGUUUAUGUCAAGUUGUCAUGACAACAACAAAAACCGGUUGGUAUGUAUCCGUUUAUGUCAAGUUGUCAUGACAACAACAAAAACCGGUUGUCAUGUAUGCGUUUAUGUCGUUGUCAUGACAACAACAAAAACCGGUGAUGAUGUAUGCGUUUGUCAAGUUGUCAUGACAACAACAAAAAAUGGUUGUCAUGUAUGCAUUUAUGUUAAGUUGUCAUGACAACAACAAAAACCGGUUGUCAUGUAUGCGUUUAUGCCAAGUUGUCAUGACAACAACAAAAACCGGUUGUCAUGUAUGCAUUUAUGUUAAGUUGUCAUGACAACAACAAAAACCGGUUGUCAUGUAUGCGUUUAUGUCAAGUUGUCAUGACAACAACAAAAACCGGUUGUGAUGUAUGCGUUUAUGUCAAGUUGUCAUGACAACAACAAAAACCGGUUGUGAUGUAUGCGUUUAUGUCAAGUUGUCAUGACAACAACAAAAACCUAGUUGUGAUGUAUGCGUUUAUGUCAAGUUGUCAUGACAACAACAAAAACCGGUUGUCAUGUAUGCAUUUAUGUUAAGUUGUCAUGACAACAACAAAAACCGGUUGUCAUGUAUGCGUUUAUGUCAAGUUGUCAUGACAACAACAAAAACCGGUUGUGAUGUAUGCGUUUAUGUCAAGUUGUCAUGACAACAACAAAAACCUAGUUGUGAUGUAUGCGCUUGUCAAGUUGUCAUGACAACAACAAAAACCGGUUGUGAUGUAUCCGUUUAUGUCAAGUUGUCAUGACAACAACAAAAACCUAGUUGUGAUGUAUGCGUUUAUGUCAAGUUAAAAUGGCAUAACUAAGCGAAUGACACUUAAUAACAGUUGUCAUAAGCAUGCACAAAUACUCACAUCGUGUCCUAUCAUGAUUAUAAAGGUUUCAUGACAGUCUCACAAAGGGCGACAUUUUAAAAGAAUGCUGAAAACCGGUAACCAUUGACUUUUAUAGAAACAAAAAAGCAAAUACUAUGGAAUAUGGAAGUCAAUGGUUACCGGUUUCCAUCAUUCUUCAAGAUAUCUUCUUUUGUGUUCAACAGCAGGAAGCCCCUCAAAUAGGACAGAUGAGUAAAGGUUUAAUGUGAACUGUCCCUUUAAGUGAGGAUCAUGUUUCAUUUCUAUGUUGAGCAGAUCUCCUGCUGUACAUUUAUACCAGAUUUGACACUUAUGACUGCUUUUGUGCUCCUGGCUCCACAUUUCGUCACAGUUCACACAGAAAUUAACAUUUACUCAGUGUUUACUCACAAUCCACUGCUUCCAAACCUGUUUACGUUUCUUUUUUGUCCUUUAAACACUAAAGGAGAUAUUUUGAAGAAUGUUGGAAUCCUGUAACCACUGUCUCCCAUAGUAGGAUAACACAAAGACUGGGUGAAUCAGUAGUUUAAGUUACUUUAUUUCUACCAAAUGUAGAAAUGUUUUGUCAUUCGUAUCAUAAUGUAACAAACAUAAACACACAAAAAUCCAUCAGCACCAUAAAGAGAUUAAUACAUGAAACAAUAGCAUCCGUCAGGUUAAAUAAAGGUGUUAAAUAACCAACAAUCUACCUCUUCUGUAAAUAAAUGAACACUUCAACAUUUAUAAUAAUAGUCUGAAAGUUAUAUGAACGAUCUUCUUUAUUAACAGAGGAAAGAAACUCAAACAGGUCUGUAAAUAAUGAUAAAUAAUCAACUUUUUGCAGAUAAAGUGCUGAUCAGAGAUGUUUUGCUGACUCUGGCCUUAUGACUGUAAGUGAUCUGAGUUUUUAAUCUGCAUUAUUGUUGUUUAAUUCAGUUCUUCAUCUGUGUUAGAGAGCCUGAAGAUCAAGUGUCAAAAGCACAUUAUUACAAACAUGCUUCGUGGAAAUCAUUCCAUCAGUGUACAUGAAGAUCUUUCUAGCAGAGGAGAAUCAGAUGCUGUUUGUUUUCAUUGCAAAUAAAACUUUAUAUUUGUUUGUAA